GUAAAGGAGAGAUGUCCCAACGUAAACGUCAAGAGAGCAGCGCCGUGCUCCGAGUCUCUGCUCUGCCAUUGGUCCACUCGGCGCUGCAGUCAGUGACCUCAGCGUACUCGAACGUCAAAGGUCGCUACCCUCUGCUGGCUCUGGUGGGCGGGGUCGCCGAGGUCGGCGUCCGCAGCGCCUCGCACGCCGCCAUGACACGCGCCACGCCGCUGCUGCAGAGUCUGCAGCCACAGAUUGAAGUUGCCAACAGUUUGGCUCUCGUUGGUCUCGAGCGUCUGGAGAGACACUUCCCCGUCCUGCACCAAUCAACAGACGAGGUGUUGGGUCACCUGAAGGACGCCCUCUUCCUGACGCUGGACGACGUGCAGCUGUGGCUGCUGGACGGCGUGGACGGCGCUGUGGACCAGCUGGAGCGAGCGACCGACGCUGCGCUGGCGGCUGUGAGGCUGCUGCAGGACAUGCCGGCCGGCCGCGCCGCCGCCACGGGAUUGGACAACGCGCUGAGUCGUCUGGAAGACGCCACCGCCUACUACCUGCCCCUCCCGCCACAGCUGCGUGUGGAGUGGGAGCGGAGAGUGAAGGAGUUUGAUGAUGAAGAGGAGGAUGAUGAAGAGCCCGGUGUGUGGACGAGGCUCCGCAGCCUCCUGCUGAGUCUCAGCCUGCAGCUGUAUGACCGCCUGCUGGCACUACACAACGCUGCACACCAGGUGGGUCUUGGUUGGGUCCUCCAGACGGUCUGGGAGUUGCUUCAGAACCUGCAGAGACUCCUGGCGGCGCUGGCCUACCGGGCUGAGCGACUCCGAGAGCUGACCAUGCGCGAGCUCAGAGGCUGGGCCGCCAUGUUGGCUGAGCUGCGUCCCGUACGUCAGAUCAGAGAGCUGCCGCUACAGAUCCAGCAGCCUCUUGCAGACGUGAUGGAACUUUCCCAGAUGCUCCUACAGCUGGUGAUUAACGGCACGCCGCUUUACGACAUGCUCCAGCAGCCGUCUGCUCAGGAGGUGGAGGACUUCCUGAACCAGGACUUUACGGCCCAUGGUUCGUCUCAUCGCAGAUCCGCUAACAGUCUCUUCCUGAAGGCGAUGGAUGGACGUCCUCGCCGCCCUCGGAGUCGCGCUGCCCAAGGCUCCAUGGACUCCCAGACCCCCGACCCCCUCAACGGCUGCCAGCGCUCCAGCCUGAAGGAGCUAAUGGCCCUGAAGGUGGAGGAACAGCCGCCCGCCCAAAUUGCAGAAUCCGAGAACGCUGAAAAAGCUGAAAUUGCAGAAUCCGAAAACGCCAAAAUUGCAGAAUCCGAAAACGCAGAAAUUGCAGAAUCCGAAAAAGCCAAAAUGGCAGAAUCCAAAAAUGCAGAAAACGCAGAAAUUGCAGAAUCCGAAAACACUGAAAAAGCCGAAAUUGCAGAAUCUGAAAAGGCCGAAAACGCCAAAAUUGCAGAAUCCGAAAAAGCCGAAAUGGCAGAAUACGAAAACACUGAAAAAGCCGAAAUUGCAGAAUCCAAAAAUGCCGAAAACGCCAAAAUUGCAGAAUCCGAAAAAGCUGAAAUGGCAGAAUCCGAAAACACUGAAAAAGCCGAAAUUGCAGAAUCUGAAAAGGCCGAAAACGGCGGAAUUGCAGAAUCCAAAAACGCUGAAAACGCCAAAAUGGCAGAAUCUGAAAAAGCCGAAAUGGCAGAAUCCGAAAACGCUGAAAAAGCCGAAAUUGCAGAAUCUGAAAACGCCGAAAUGGCAGAAUCCAAAAACGCCAGAAUUGCAGAAUCCGAAAACACUGAAAAAGCCGAAAUUGCAGAAUACGAAAACACUGAAAAAGCCGAAAUUGCAGAAUCUGAAAAGGCCGAAAACGCCGAAAUUGCAGAAUCCAAAAACGCCGAAAUUGCAGAAUCCAAAAACGCCAGAAUUGCAGAAUCCGAAAACGCUGAAAACGCCGAAAUUGCAGAAACCGGCUACGAAAAAAAAGAUGAAAAUGCAGACAUGGGCAACGACGAAAAAGCCGACGACGCCGAACUGCUUCUGACGCCGCAGUUAGUCUUUCAGAGCCAGAAGGCCUUCGAGGACCCGACGCCCGACUCCCCCGACAACGCAGAGAAUGACGACAACGCUGAAGCCGGUCUCUCCUCCCGCGCUGCCCGAGGCUCUGCGGACUGCGGUCUGAAGGUGGAGGAACCGUCCAGCGCCAUCGCCCACCGCCGGCCAUCGGCCGCCGAGCUGCUCCUCGCGCCGCUCAAACAGUUCGUCUCUCAGAGCCAGAAGGUCUUCGAGUUACUGAGCCCCGACAACGCCGAAAACGCAGAGAGCGCCGAAACUGACGAAGACGUCGAGCGUCUCCUCGAGCCGCUCAAACAGUUCGUCUCACAAAGCCAAAAGACCUUUGAGUUACUGAGCCCCGACAAUGCAGACAAUGCCGAAAACGCCGAAAUUGCAGAAUCCAAAAACACUGAUGACACCGACAGCGGCAGAGCAUCGGCCGACUGUUAAACGCCACGGCGUCCGAUUGUUCGUACACGUUCACCAACAGAGCGAUCGGAAAAUUAGUUUAAAUCUCUGAGAAAGGAGUCCAUCCUUAAAUCGGUAGGUUUUAUUUUACUAUAACAAAACAAACAGGAAAAUAAAAUAUAUUUAUGAAAUGUUUUUCCAGAG